AUGCGCUUGUAAUUUGUAUAUAUUUUAUGUUUGUGUGGGUAGUUAUAUGCUGGGUAAUUUGUCGGUCUAACUACAUGAUUAUGGCACUUUAAUAUAAAAAACAAAUUUUUAGAUAUUCUUAACUCUAAUGGUUUUAUAAAAAUAUGAAUGAUUACUUAAAAAUUUCAUGUCUUUAGUUGUCAUAUGUAUAUUUUUCAAAUCAUUUGUGAUUUCUGUUUAUAAAUUUUGAAAAAAUCAAAAUUUAAAGCCGGUAUGUUAAACUAAGCAUUCUCAGCUUUUCAACACAUUCUAAGUAUGCUAAAUUUUAGCUGCUAAUUUUAGUGAUUUUUUUAGUCAAGAUGAUGGAUUCACCGACCACCCCACCAGGUUAUAUGUCUGAAGAUGGUGACAACAAUGAAUCUCAUAGUAUGAGCCCUAAUCCUACGGUAAUGGGGGUUCUUGAUACUCAACCUGUUCUUUAUUGUGAGCCUGUAUUUUGGUGUUCAAUAAGUUAUUAUGAGCUCAACACAAGAGUAGGCGAAACAUUUCAUGCAUCUCAACCUUCUAUAUCUGUUGAUGGUUUUACAGAUCCCAGCAAUUCAGAAAGAUUUUGCUUAGGUCUUCUAUCUAAUGUUAAUAGAACUACUGUAGUUGAACAAAUCAGACGACAUAUAGGAAAAGGUGUUCGGCUUUAUUAUAUCGGUGGUGAAGUUUUUGCUGAAUGUUUAAGUGAUUCUAGUAUAUUUGUUCAAUCUCCAAAUUGUAAUCAAAGAUAUGGCUGGCACCCAGCUACUGUUUGUAAAAUACCUCCAGGGUGUAACUUAAAAAUUUUUAACAACCAAGAAUUUGCAUCACUCCUUUCACAAUCUGUUAGUCAAGGAUUUGAAGCAGUUUAUCAACUUACUCGAAUGUGCACCAUACGUAUGUCUUUUGUUAAGGGCUGGGGAGCAGAAUACAGACGACAAACUGUUACUUCUACACCAUGCUGGAUAGAAUUACACCUAAAUGGACCAUUACAAUGGUUAGACAGGGUUCUUACUCAAAUGGGAUCACCACGUCUAACGUGUAGUUCAAUGUCUUAAUUUAUGAAUUUUUAAGUGUACCACCUUAAUGUUUUUUUUUUUUUUGAAAAUGUAAAUAAUCUUUGAAUGGCUGUCUAGUUUAAGAUGUGAGUUUAACAUUUAUUUUAAUUUUUAACAUUAUCUACUAACUUAAUAAAGAUAGGUUUUAUUUUUCAAAAAUUAAGAUACAUUUUUUUAUUAGAUUAUGCAUAAUCUAUUUUAAAAAUUUUAGUAGUAGAUUUUUAGCCUACGAAUGUAAAAAUAAAAAAUAUAUAUUACUUGCUUUUCUCUGUUAAAUAUUGAUUUUAAGUAACAUGACAUUUUAUUUUUGGGCAUA